GCUCCACACAUCUCCAAACUGAGUUCUUCAAGUGUUUGGUCAGUUCUACUGAAUCAAUGAUCAGCUGCAACCUCAUUCCUCUCCCUUCAAAAACCAACCUUAAACCUCCUCGAGACACCCAAGAUCGUCCCUCUUCCCGUGCAAAUCAUCAUGCACAUAAUCUCCGUUUCUCCCGUCACAUUAAAGAACCAUCAAAAUACCCAAAACACAACAAUUUGCCCAACUUAUUAUCAGUUCAUACAAAGAACCCACAUGCCAUAUACAAAGAUAUUCAAAGAUUCGCUCACGAAAACAAGCUUAAAGAAGCACUUACAAUUCUUGAUUAUUUAGACCAUCGUGGUAUUCCUGUAAACCCCACUACAUUUGCUUCACUUAUUGCUGCUGUUGUUCGUUUGAAAUCUUUAACUUCUGCGAAAAUUGUGCAUACCCAUGUAAUAAUUAAUGGGCUUGAGAAUAAUGAGUUUUUACAGACUAAGGUUGUUAAUAUGUAUGCGGCUUGUGGGUCGAUUGAAGAUGCGAAGAAGGUGUUUGAUAAAAUGCCUGUGAGAAGUGUGUACCCCUGGAAUGCGUUGCUUAGGGGAAAUGUGGUAUUGGGUGGGAGUAAGUAUGGUGAAGUAUUGGGUACGUUUUCGGAUAUGAGGGGAUUGGGGGUGGAACUGAAUGUGUAUAGCUUCUCUUGUUUGAUUAAGAGUUUUGCGGGUGCUAGUGCGCUUUUUCAAGGUUUGAAAACACAUGGGCUUUUGAUCAAGAAUGGUUUUUUAGGAAGUGAAAUAGUUAGGACUAGUUUGAUUGACAUGUAUUUCAAGUGUGGUAAGGUUAGGCUUGCGCAUCGCGUGUUUGAGGAGGUUGAGGAAAGGGAUGUAGUUAUGUGGGGUGCGAUGAUAUCUGGUUUUGCUCAUAAUAAGCUGCAAAGGGAGGCACUGGAGUAUACUAGAUUAAUGAUAAGGGAGAGACUAGAGGUGAAUUCUGUUAUCCUAACUACUAUCCUUCCAGUUAUUGGAGAAGCACGAGCAAGCAAACUUGGCAAGGAGGUACAUGCUUAUGUGAUCAAGACCAAGGAAUAUUCGAAGCAGUUGUUCAUUCAGUCUGGCUUAGUUGAUAUGUAUUCUAAGUGUGGAGAUAUUGUAGCAGGAAGAAAGGUGUUUUAUGGUUCAAAAGAGAGGAACGCAAUAUCUUGGACUGCUCUCAUUUCGGGUUACAUUUUAAAUGGGAGACUUGAACAGGCUUUGAGAUCAAUUUUGUGGAUGCAGCAAGAAGGCUUUAAACCUGAUCUUGUAACUGUUGCCACCGUUCUCCCUGUUUGUGGGAAACUCAAAGAAUUAAAGUAUGGGAAAGAGAUUCAUGCUUACGCAGUGAAAAAUGGUUUUUUGCCUAAUGCAUCUGUAAGUACGUGUCUAAUGAUGAUGUACUCAAAGUGUGGUUUGCUUCAAUAUUCAUCUAGAGUUUUUGAUAGUAUGGAGAAGAGGAAUGUUAUAUCUUGGACAGCCAUGAUGGAUUCAUAUAUUGACUCUGGGUGUCUUGAGGAAGCACUUGGUGUUUUCCGGUCAAUGCAGUUGUCAAAGCACCGGGCAGAUUCUGUUGCGAUGGGAAGGAUUUUAAGUGUUUGUGGAAAAUUAAGACUUUUGAAACUCGGGAGAGAAAUACAUGGUCAGAUUCUGAAGAAAGAUAUAGCAUCUGUACCUUUUGUUUCUGCAGAACUUGUGAAGAUGUAUGGGAGUUGUGGUUCAAUUGAUAAAUCUAGGGUUUCCUUUGAUUUAAUACCUGUAAAAGGAUCUAUGACAUGGACUGCUAUUAUUGAGGCUUAUGGAUUAAGUGGCCAAUACGGAGCAGCAAUAAACGAGUUUAAGCAGAUGAUAUCGAAGGGCUUUAACCCAAACCAUUUUACUUUUAAAGUUGUUUUUUCUAUUUGUGAGAAAGCUGGAUUUGCUGACGAGGGCUGUCAAUUCUUCACCAUGAUGACACGAAAAUAUAAGAUAAAGGCAUCCGAAGACCAUUAUACUAGCAUCAUUAACCUUCUACAUCAUGUUGGUCGCAUUGAGGAGGCUGAAAAGUUUGUGCUUCUCAAGCAAUCCUCGGCAUGAGGUAGAGGAGAAAGAUUAGCCGUAUUGCAUGUUGGUCACACAUGGUUAUACAUUCAGACCCAAAUCAGUGGCUUGCAGUA